CCAUAACAUGCAGCGCUCCUACAUAAAUGCAGACUCAACAUCGGAGCGAUCUGCCAUGCAAGUCAUGAGGAUAGAGAGGAGUACUCUGUAGAACGGGGGUGUGGGGGGGAAGAACCUACUUGUUCCAGCCUGCAAUUUGUUCUGCAUGAGCUUCUGGAGCGUUGUUCUGAUGAACUGCACUCCGAGCGGGAGGCGCUUUUUUCUGUUCAGUUGCAUGAUCUGCUGCGCUGAGAGGACGAUGCCUUUGAGGAGCGGACUUUUCCUGCUGAUGGUGCUGAGUGCAUCUGCACAUGAGCUGGAUCAGAACGAGUCCUCUUCGCCCAGGAGGGCACGCUUCCCUGCCAACAGCCCUUAUGUGGCACGCUGUCUCAACAGUGCACUCCAAGUUGGCUGCGGAGCCUUUGCCUGCCUGGAAAACUCAACUUGUGACACAGAUGGCAUGCAUGACAUUUGCAAGUCCUUCCUGUACAGUGCUGCUAAAUUUGACACUCAGGGUAAAGCAUUUGUGAAGGAGAACCUUAAAUGCAUUGCUAAUGGUAUCACCUCCAAGGCAUUCGCCACCAUCCGCCGCUGCUCCACCUUCCAAAGAAUGAUCACUGAAGUUCAGGAGGAGUGCUACAGCAAGCUGGAUAUCUGCACUGUUGCCCGAUCUAACCCAGAUGCCAUUGGAGAAGUGGCACAGCUGCCAAGUCACUUCCCCAACAGGUUUUAUGGGAAGCUUCUGCAGAGCCUGAUGGACUGUGACGAGGACACAGUGGAUCACAUUAGGACCAGCAUGGUGUCGAGGCUGGGCCCUGAGAUGACCAUGCUUCUUCAGCUGCUGCAAAACAAGCGCUGCCCAUCCACUGCUGUGGCUGCAGCUGCUGCCAUCCCGACUGGAGUGGAGGGCCGUGGGAGCUGGCGCUGGUCCACGGGUCCCCAUAUGUACAAAAUUCAGCCUAAUCUGCGAAACAGAGACACUGCUGGUCACUUGGGGAAAAAGCGCUCGUCCAGUGACAGCUCCUAACUUGUGCUCAGAUUUAAUAAAAUUCCCAGCACUACUCAAAACAUCAAAAAAGCUCUGCCAUUCCCUCGGGGAGAAAAAUCUUUUCUCCUGCUAGACUGGAAAUUACUGAAAUAUGCACCACUAGGGAAUGCCCCACCCUCCAUAUAAAAUAUCAGUUUGAUUCUUAUUACAUUAUAUAUCCUAUCCACUAGACUUGAGAUGAACCCUUCGCCAUGACUUUGUUUUUUCUUAAAUUUUUCUCAUCGUAGUCAGUGUUAAACACAAGGCUGUCACAUCUGAGAAACAUGGUCCUGGUCACUUUUUCAAAUCCUUCAACAGAUGCACGUCUUGUAAUGCCAAGUAAAAAAAAAUGUAAAAAAAUCCUCUAGAAUACAAGGCGGGGGCAUUAAAAGACCAAAGCCCCAUUUAAUUCUUCUAAUUUGUACAAAAAUUGAAUUGAAAUAGAAGUUGUAAUAGUAUUAACUAAUUUUUAAGGAUGAUAUCUUUUUUUUUUUGGAAACUCCAGUCAAGUUUUGAGCAUUAGAAAAGUGUUGUACUGUAGCGCAAACUUAACACUCAACUGUACUGUAUCCUAUGUCAUCAGAAGCAGCCAUAGCCUGCCCUCUAAAAAGUGCUCACAUAGGUUGUGGUCGAAUUCCUUCACCACCUACUGUACUGUGUAGUGCAAUUACCAUUUUGUAGAGCUGUCCAAAUCUACAAUUCCAAAAUCCAGUGCCCUAAAAAUUAUCUAGCAGUCUCAGCGUAACACCACUGUGCAUCAAUUCUUUUUAGAUUGGCCAACAUUGACCACAAUGCAUUACGUUUGAAGGAUUUUUCAUUUGGGGAAAAAAGUGUUUCUAUUUAUUUUUUAUAAACUAUCCAGGUUUCAUAUUCAGAUUUGGUGUCCAAAUUGCUUUAAAAAACCAGAGCACUGGAUAGUUCCGCACUAUAGAUUUUAGAAAAGUAGGGAGGGAAUUCGGACAUAGCGAUAGUCAGUGUUAAACACAUAGAGCCAUAGAGUAAGGUUUGUGGAUGUUUCAUGACAGCCUUUGAAAGGUUAGACUGACCUAAAAAAAAAGAAAAGAAAAAAUCAAAACUGCCCGAAUGCUAUUCAUGGAAUACCAAACUUAUGUAUAGCUUUAGCGCUUAGAUUUAUUUAUUUUUGUCUUAAAAGAUAUGUUUCAAAUGAUCAAUCUGCACAGAAGGAAUGUCAAGAUUGUGGUUGCAUCUAUGGGGGGAAAACAACAUUUGUGUAUCCAGACAAUUGCGACGCAUGAGACUGUUGCGUUCUACAGAGUAUGAUGCAGUUUACGUCACUCCAGAGAGGGAAGCAGUAAUGUAGAUUCAGCACCUGAUGAAUCUCUGAGAUGAAUCAUGUGACAAACACACUGACUCCCUGUGUCAAGAUAGAGAAUGACUAUUUUAAAGAAAAGCCUUCUUUGAAUGAUAUUUAUUUUCCUACUAUAUUAUUUAAUGUUUUAUUAUAAUUUGAAUGCAUUACUGUAGUUUUCAUUACUUUAUAGGUAAAAACAGUUUAGUCGAGGCUCCUAGUUAAACAAGAGCUUUAUGCCAAAAAAAGAAGAAUAAGAGGAAAUGGGAGCUGUUGCUCAGGUGACUGAAUGAGACCCAUGUCAUGACUCUAUGCUGGCCAUAGGGGAACACGGUUGAUUCAGGUCAGAUGAUCUUUGUUUCAGGUGUUACAAGGGACCACAAGAAAAGCUAUCUUUGUUUGACAUUUCUGGAUUUUUUUUAAAUAGGUAAUUGUUGCUUCUGAUUAAAGCAUAUGUUAAGAAGAGGUUGGUCAUCUUAGUGAAGAUUGAACAGAUUUAAUGAGGGGGAAAACAAACACUAGUAUCAAGCAUCCUGUUGAUGAAAUAUUCGGUUGGUUCUGCAGCAGUUUGUUGUGGCUCUCCUAUAAUUGCAUUUAAUUCAUAGAAACGACUAUGUUGGGGGUUUUUUGUGUGUAAAAAAGGGAAUUAUAUUGACUUUUUGAGCAUUUCUCUUUCAGAGGAAGACAAUCAUUCAGAAUCAUUAGGUUAGUGCCAAGCCAUGCAUAAUAAAGAAGGGUCUUUAUGGUAGUGUUUGCUUUUACAUUUACAGAAAUUCUAGCAAGGUGGAUGUCAGUGAGUUCAGGAGAGGUUCCUCACACUAUAUAUAAGCAUGAAAGACAUCGUACAGAGGUGAACUGUCAGAGCUGGGUUUAGGUCGCAAUUUCCAUCAUCUGAAAACUCAAAGCCUGCAAAUUGCUUUAUUUCAUAAAGCAUCAUUAUGACAACGCAGCAGCUAUUUACUAUUCAGAUUUUAUUUUUUUGACUUUAUGAAAGGAAAUGACCCAAAUCCCCUUUACAGUGAAUUUGUCCUGGAUUUCUUGGAAUGAAGCACAGAGCAGAGUUCUAUUUUUCUGUGUCAGUUUAAGAGCUAUGUUAAGAAUUCCAAACUAUGCAAUAUCGCACACAAAGGAUUUACAGCAACACAAAAACUGACCUUUAUUUCAUUCAGUGCCAGCUGAUGCUGUGUGAAUUAAAGUGGCAGCGUGUGUGCUUUCAUGCUGCACUCACAGUGUGAAGGAAUAACUCCUGGAUCACUGUCAUUUUCAUUCUUCUGAAGCUGUGUUUCUAUGGUUCUGUGAAUAGAAUUGCUUUGUUUGUGCCAAGCAGAAUAAAGGGACAGACUCUCUGAAGGAAUUUCUUAGGAAGUAAAGCGCUAUAGCGACACUGUAGUACGUCCAAGCGUAUAUAUUUUUUUGUUGAUAUGCAUUUUAACCACUAUAAAAGGGCAUUGAAACAUUCAGCACACGUGCAACUUCAGCAUGUUUUAUUUUACUUGAUUAAUGGAGAGGAGCUAGAAUUUAGCUGGAAUAUUUCAUAAUCAGAAGGUCAAGGUUUUUUUUUGGUAUUGAUACAUUUGUCUGUAUCAUUGUUGUCCAUGGUUACAGCCAAAUCUCAACAGUUGCUGCUAAACUCUAUCCACCCUGUGUGAUGCUGCCUGUCUGCUGCGGCCGCUCUGAUCCAUCAACCUGCAGAGAGCUCAACCUCAUCACACAACUCCAAUCCAAAUGUUGAUCUGUUUGCUUUUUUAUUUUUCUGUGAUCAUUCACAUCAAAUACAUUCAGCAAGGGCAAACUGACUGUUUUCUCACCAAGUAAAAUGUAACGGUAAUUUCAGAGAAUGUACCUGUACACUGAAUGUUGAUUUUAAAACAAGGAUAAGUCAUGUGACCAAUGAAAGCUACGAAGAAAACCAAAAGUGAGAAAAAUGUUUUUAGUUCUCUGUCGUCUUAGAUUUUGAUCUGGAUGUUUGGUGCUCGAGGUGAUACAGGAGUAUUGUCAAGUUGCCCCAUGGUGACCUUUGUGAGACUUUUCUUGUUACCACUAGAGAUUAAAACCUCCCCGACCUUUUGGCACUAAAUGGUACUCUUUCCCCCUCAAGACUUGAAACAGAUUAAUAAGUGUUGUGCUUUAAUCCAAAAGCUUCAGUGACUCGUGGACUUUAUUUUUAUUUUCAUGUAUAAGUGACAGAUAUCUGACUUUCAAAUACAACAUUUGUUGCAGAUUAAGGAUGAUUACUGAAGCUCCUGUUACUGAUGUUAUGUAACGCAUGAUUGACCCUUGUGAAUCACUUGCACUUUAAAAUAUACCCAUAUACAUAUGUACCCCUUCUGUGUAUAUGUUUGGGUUUUUCCUCUGUACUGAAAAAAAACAGAUGCAUCAACUGUGUGUCUUUGGCUGAUUAGAAAUAAAAUAUUUCUCAAAUCUGG